CUAGUUUUCCUCCCUCUUCCUCAUACCAUUGCACGCAAAGAGUCAUCCAACCACGCGAGCAAUAGAUGAAACGACUAACCCCUUCCAUAUCCACAUUUCAGUACUUGUAUUGAAGCACUCGAUCGACUAACACCUGAAGAUCAUCAAAGCCGUUCCUUCGCUAUUGCCUACCCUGGCCUUCAAUCUGUCGUCCUCAGAGCACCCAUGUGGCUCCUUUUGAACCUCCUGCAUAACCUUUAUCCUCUUCUUCACCCUCCUGUACACGCUAUGCACCCUCUGUUUCCAUUCGUGCCACGAACUGGACCGUGCACGACCAAGACUCCACGUGAUCUGCCUUGGUGAACGAAUCGGAAGUCAACGUCUCUUAUUCCCUCCCCUUCUCCCCUCCGUUCUCUCCACUCGGUUCCCCAACCUCAUCAGCUCAAUGCCCACAUCAAACAUCAAGACCAAAGCCAAGGUGGCCACCAAGGGCUCUAUUGUGCCCAAGAACAAGAGCGUCAGCACCCAUCCACCCUGGAUAGAUAUGAUAAAGGAAUGCAUCAUCGCCCACCCUGAAGAAGCCAGAGGCGGAGUAUCGCGCCCCAUGAUCAAGAAGUUUGUCGAGUCCAAGUAUAAGGUCGAGGUCAAUGCUGCUGCUGCGAGUCAGCUCAACCGCGCUAUCACGUCUGGAAGCUCAGGACCCUCCGGGAAGGUGAAGCUCACACCUAAGGUCCGUGGGGAGGCUGCCAAAGAGAACUCGAAACCAGUCUCGAAAGCUGUGAAGCCGCCCCCACCUGCUAAACAUGUGACCUCCAAGGCCCCGGCUACUUACAUGGUCAAAGCUAAGCCCAAGCAAGGCACGACAACGACCACUGCCAAUAAAUCGGCGGCCACUUCCAAACCAUCUGCGAAGAAGUCAGUUCCGGCGAAGAAGACUCUCAAGCCCAAGGCGACUGUCACCAAGAAGACGGCGGCACCCUCUAAGCGUGCUCCAGCGAAAAAGGCUGUCGUUGGAAAGAAGUUUGUUACCGUCAAGAAACCAAUUAUGAAGAAGCCAGCAGCAGUCAAGAAGGCAGCACCCUCGACCAAGAAGCCCGCCACGGAAAGGUCCAAAACAACCAAAGCGGCAUCCGUCAAAGCCAAGGGCAAACGCUCUGUCAAGGCAGAACCCACUAAAGCCGUCAAGUCGACGAAGAAGGCGGCUGCCUAGGCUGGAUGAAUUGCUGAGAUUGCUCCUGGUAUUUAUUAUAUCUUGGAUACUCGCUGCGUUGUUGUACUUAUAUCCUGUAUCUGAUUGCUGCUUGCUUUCUCACAUAUAUAGAAUACGACUGAACUACGUCCCCGUGGCUAAUCCCUCGAGAAUGCGAAUGAAAGCGCUAGGGUCCACAAUAUCUGUGCCUCCAUAAGUGACCCGCUUCCCCGUCUUUGCUGCCCAUUCUUCAAGAUUUCCGUACUCGACGUAGCCAGCGCCGCCAACAACGAAAACCACACUCUCAGCAAACGCCAUCCGCCGGCUUCGUCCGGUUCCAGCCCCGCUGCCCCCAAUUCCACCAGGGCCGAUUGCCGAAGUCCGUGGCGCACGAGGAUCCAAGAACAGAAAGUCGUCGGUUUCUUGCAAGGAAGAAUUUGAUGCACUGGCAGAGUCCAUGAGAGCCUCGGUCACACGGGUAACGGGCAGCAGCUUGUUCGUGGGCAAGAAGUUCUUGACCCCUGAGAUCAGCCCCUCAAAGCCUG